AUGCCAAAUUUAAGUGAAACCGUAAGUUCCAAUUAUUUAAAUGAACUCAGUAUGAAGACGGAAUUAAUUUCUGCAUUUCCCAAUUUUUCAGCACUCACUAAUAUACCAUCAUCAUUGAGUUCAUCAUUGGAACAACCGACGACAAGUGGCAAUCCAGCUGAAUCUUCAUCUGGACAAUCAAAUAUUUUAAACAAUUUACUAUGUAUAUGUGGAAUACGCUUUGAUGAAGUAUCAACAUAUUUAUCACAUAUUACAAGUUGUAAUUACUUAAAAAACCUGGUACAACAACAACUGCCACCACCGCGGUUGAGUCGAUCCGAUGAUUGCCUAACACCAUCUUCAUCGUCUUCAUCAUCAUCAGUAGCAUCUCCGCCACCAGUACCACUACAAUUGCCACAAAUAGUAUCGCAAUUACCACCAGAAAGACAGCCUACAUCAACAUCAUUUCUACCUACAUUUCCACAUUUUCAGGCAUCAUUACCACAUCUUUUUCCUUUCAAUUUUUCAAUUCCUCCAUUGUCAAGUAUAAAUCAAUUUUCUUUUCAAAAUGAGGUAUUAAACAAUACUAAAAAGUCAUCUGUAGAUAUAAAAGGUGUAGAUGGAUCUGCUGACUGCCUACUGACUGGUGGUAACAUUCAUCCUUUGCAUCAGGACAAUUCAGAUGCAAUGAAUAGAAUGGCUAUGAUGAAAUCCAGCUGCAGUCCACUGAAUGACAUGAAACUACCUGGAGUUCGAUCAGAACCUAUGGAAUAUGAAGAAUUGAAUAACUGUAAAGAUCUUACUAAGCUCAAUCAAAGUCAUCCCAAAGAAGACGACAGCUCCUCAAGCAGUGUUCAGAUAAAAACUCAAAACAAACAAUCUAAGUCUCCUAAGAAUGUAUCAGUUAAUAAUCCUGAUGAUCGUGGUGAUCACUGCUUUGAGUAUACAUCAGUUUUUAAUUUGACAAAAUCUACUCCAGGAAGGAAUCAAAGCCCAGUAGAUGAAUAUAAUCCAGAAAACAAUACCCUAUCAGGAGAUUCAUGUCACGACGACAAAGUGAAUAUGCAUUCAUCCAACAGUCCAUUUGUAACAGCGAUGGCUAGUGUUCUAGCGAAUGCGGCAGCUGCAGCUGGUUUUCACUGUCCUGGUUUACAAGAUUUUGCCUACAGAAAACUAGCUAUCCAACAGUGUUCCUCUCCAGAAACUCCUGCACCAUCUACCAGUACAAGUUCUGCAGUUGAGAGUGUAGAGAUUACAGCUUCAGAAAGGUAUUCUGAACGUAAUAAAUCCGAUGAUAGUCCAGAUGAUUCAAUGCCUGUGUCUAUGAUAACAGGAAACUCCCCAAAAUCGUGUUAUCAAUGUGGUAAAGAGUUUAGUUCGCGUCUAUCAUUGAAACAACACGUCGAAGCUGUCAGAGAACAAAGUCCGAUUUCAAGUGACAUUAUCAAUAAUUUAUCAUUAUCUGGUACAGAAGACAAUUCCUCUCCAUCUUCAUUACAUUCUCCCGAUCCUUCAGCUAAUCCUAUUGAACAAUAUGCUACAGAAGACAGAGAUUUAGAUGAAAAUGUUAGCAAUGAUGUUGAUGAUGAUGAAUUACAACGGAGUUUCAACAACUCCCCAAGUAGGCAUACUUUCAAGAGGGAAGUUUUACAGUUUUCUAAAAUCAGUCGCCAAACGUCCAAUUCUAUGGAAGAAUCUCAUCUAAGUAGAAACAGUGAUCCAAAUGACAGCCGGCCUAUUCCAUCUAAACUGACUAAACAAAGAAUACUGAAUAAACAUCAAAAAACUUGUCAGAAUCUUAAGGAAGAUUCAUCACUUUGUGAUAUUAAAGCAUUUCCAGUAAGUUAUCAUUCAUUUACAUUGAUAUUUAUCUAUUGCGGGAUGUGA